AUGAAUUCUGCCAUGAGUUCUCCUAUGACAUUAGCAACUGUGCCACCCAUCAAGAUGGGGCUACAAUUUGGAGGAAAGUGGUGCAAUGCCAUGAAGAAAACUAAACGAAGGUUUUCAUUGUUGGUGAGUGGAAGUUCUGAUUGUAGUGGUGUGGGUGUGAUGAAUGGAAUGAAAGCUGUUGCAUUGAUUAAUGGUACUGCAGAGAAGUUGGGAAUUAAAAGCAUAGAAGAUACAGCGCUUGUUACCUUCCUUCGUGGAAGGUUUGUGGAGGAGAGGUUUGUAUAUAGGCAAAAUUUCACAGUGAGGUCUUACGAAAUUGGACCAGAUAAAACCAUUUCCAUGGAGACCCUCGUCAACUUUCUCCAGGAAACUGCCCUGAAUCAUGUCAUUAGCUGUGGCUUAAGUCGGAACGGUUUUGGAUCUACUCACGAAAUGGAUCUUCGCAAACUCAUUUGGGUCGUUACUCGUAUUCAGGUUCAAGUACAGAGAUAUAGCAAAUGGGGAGAUGAAAUUGAGGUUGAAACUUGGUUUGAUGCUGGCGGAAAGAAUGGGACAAUAAGAGAUUGGACAGUCAGGGAUCAUUAUACCAAAGAAAUCAUAGCUAAAGCAACCAGCAAAUGGGUGUUCAUUAAUAGAGAAACAAGAAGAUUAUCCAAGAUGCCUGAGGAAGUUAGACAAGAACUUGCUCCUUUCAACUUUAAGAGGUUUGCCAUUGCCAGGGAAGAAAUAGAUCAUCAGAGGAUACAUAAGCUCACGGACGCCACUGCUGAGGGUUUUCGAUUUGAAGUGACUCCAGGGUGGAACGACAUGGAUGUUAACCAGCAUGUUAACCACUCAAAAUACAGCCGAUGGAUCUUAGAGAGCGUGCCAAGAGAAAUAUUAGAAGAAUACAAAUUGACAAGCAUGACUUUAGACUUUCUACGUGAAUGUAGGAAAUCAGAUAUACUGGAAUCGAUGACAAGUCCAUCAUCCAAAGUGAUUGGUGCCUCAAAUAAUAACAUUGUUAGCAGAAAAUCGGACCUGCAAUAUAUACACUUGCUUCGUCUUCAGGAAAAUAAAACGGAGUUGGUUCGUGCCAGAACCGAGUGGCAUCUUAAGCAAAACCACAACUGA